GCCAAACUGUCGGCCAAGCAUUCUGCAGUCUCUGUACAAUUGGUGUAGAGGAGCUUUUUGUUUCAGGAGAUUCACAUCUGUACAAGUUGGCACUAUGAACUCCAUGAAGAUCAUCGUUGCUGCUGCAUUGGCCUGCGUGCUCCUCGCAGCUGUCUCACCUGCAGAUGCGCAGUGCGCGAGCAACGGCAUCAGGCUGAACUCGGCCUGUGGCCAAUUCACCAGCGCCAUCAAGGCAAACGCUGCUACGAUCCUGAGCACCUCGUGCACAGAGCUCCAGACCAGGUUGCAGGACCCUCAGUACGGCACACCCACUGAGGAGUGCUGCAACUACGCUCGCUCCUUCUUUGGCGGCAACUGUGCGUGCGAUGCCAGCACCCAGAACCAGGCCAGGCUCUUCUACGGCUACUCCACCGACCAGCUCAAUGCCGCUGCCACUGCUGCCGCCAUCCGCUGCGGAGCUGGCGGCUGCGGAAGCAAGUGCUGAUCUCCUCGUUGAGCGUCCAAAGCUUCAAUAUCUUUGAACCCAGAAGCACAUGCUAUGUGCUGGAAUAGUACUCCCUCGGAUAGCUGCUGUGUGUAAAGAGGGACCAAGAACAAAGUUGAGCACCCACGUAUUCAAUUCAGAGCUUGCAGCCAAACUGCUGUAAUGGCAGUAAUGGCUUUGCUAUUGCAACGACCUUGACUGCCAUCAUGAAGGAAGUAUGCCUGUCGCAUUUGGGGCUUUGUUUGCGACAGUGCUUGCUGAUCAGCGCUGCGUUUGAUCCAAAAGAUUCCUCCUCAUUGAUCAUGCAGUUAAUAAAAAUAUGUGUAGCUAACUGGCCUGAAGCCACCGGAGGAUGUAAAGCGAUUGGGCUUUUGUCACUCAAUGCCUGGCUGAU